CAGGUGCGCGUGCGCCGCGGCCCCGCCCGCCCCCCGGCCUGGUUCUGCGCUGCUCGGCGGAGAGCGUCUUUUCCUCGUUCUCUGGCGGCUUGCACGCGCCCUCCUUCCGGACCUCGGGAGUCGCGCAGCUCCCGGCCCGGUCUCCUCCCCGACUGCCUGGCUGCGGGGCCAUGGCGUGGCGGCGGCGGCCCGAGGCCGGCGUCGGGGUCCGCGGCGCGCUGGCGCUGCUGGCGCUGGCUGUGUGCGCGCCCGGGGCCCGGGGGCGGGCGUUCGAGUGGUAUUCGGCCGUGGUGAGCACCGAGUACGUCGACCCGUACACGAACCGCACCGUAUGGAGCGUCUCGGAGAGCGGCCGCUUCGGCGACAGCUCGCCCAAGGAGGGCGCGCAGGGCCUCGUGGGCGUCCCGCGCGCGGCGGAUCGCGACCCCGAGGGCUGCGCGCCAGAUACCCGCUUCCUCGUGCCCGCGCCCGGCGGCCGUGGAGCCGCGCCCUGGGUCGCCUUGGUGGCGCGCGGUGGCUGCACCUUCAAGGACAAGGUGCUGGUGGCUGCACGGAGGAACGCCUCGGCCGUGGUCCUCUACAACGAGGAGAGCCACGGGAACCUCACCGUGCCCAUGUCCCACGCGGGAACAGGAAAUAUAGUGGUCAUUAUGGUUAGCUACCCAAAAGGAAGAGAAAUUAUGGAUCUGGUGCAGAAAGGCAUUGCAGUCAAAAUGACCAUAGGAGUUGGCACCCGUCAUGUGCAGGAGUUCAUCAGUGGUCAGUCUGUGGUAUUUGUGGCCAUUGCCUUUAUCACCAUGAUGAUUAUCUCAUUAGCCUGGCUGAUAUUUUACUAUAUACAGCGUUUCCUAUACACUGGCUCACAGUUUGGAAGUCAGAGUCAUAGAAAAGAAGCUAAGAAAAUUAUUGGCCAACUUCCACUUCAUACUGUAAAGCAUGGAGAAAAGGGAGUCGAUGUUGAUGCAGAAAACUGUGCGGUGUGUAUUGAGAAUUUUAAAGUGAAGGAUGUUAUCAGAAUUCUGCCAUGCAAGCAUAUUUUUCAUAGAAUAUGCAUUGACCCAUGGCUUUUGGAUCACCGCACGUGUCCAAUGUGUAAACUUGAUGUCAUCAAAGCCCUGGGAUAUUGGGGAGAGGUGGAGGAUGUGCAGGAGAUGCCCGCUCCAGAAUCUACCCCUGGGAGUGUUUUGGCUGCAAAUUUGAGUAUUACUCUACAAGAGGAGGACAGAAGUGAGGGGAACAAUUUACCGUCCUCUUCCACUAGUGAGUCUGCACUGCAGUGUGAUGCCGGCUUUAAAGAAGAUGCAGGUGAAGACACAGCCUUACUAGAAAUGGGCAGGAGCGACCUUGAACAUGGAAGGCCCGUCUCCUAGCACACAUCCUGGUGACCGAGUCAUGGACAGAGCAUUGACUUCAAUUAAAGGACUUUUUUUUUUUUUUUUUUUUUACUUCAGCACAUAGUUUGUAUAUUUGAAAAUAAUGUACAUUCUUUUACCUUUCAGGUUCUGAUUUGAUACACAAAGGGCUAAGAUAUUUUAUUCUUAAAGAGAUGUUUUGAUUAGUCUUAAUAUAUUUAUCUACUAAAAUAUAUCAUUUAUGAUAAACAGUAUGUUGUUUUGGACUAUUACAGAGGAGACCACGAGGAAGGCCCUCUAAAGGGGGUGGCAGGGGGAGGUUUUUCUGAAUACUACUAGACUAGCUACCACGGUACUGUACAAAUAGGAUUUUGUUUCUCAAGGAUGGCUUUAGACUGAGCAACUGAAUUUAGACUAGUGGAAGUGGAAUUGUAUAAUUCACUUCAGUUAUUGAUCACGAGUUUUCCUUGGAGGAAAGGCUUUUCUAGAACAUUAAACUUAUAAAUGAGAUCUGAGAAAUCUACAGCUUUCUCAAACCUCCGUGUUAUUAUAUAGACUUUGAAACCUACGAACACCUUUUCGUUGUUCUCUCUUUGGAAUUAUAGGAGAAGCGUUAGAUGACUUUAGGAUUUGCAUUUUCCCUUUUUAAUCCCUAAUUGCUUGUGAUACCUUAAAGGAGAGGGAAAUUUGUCCAUUUUUUCUACAAAUGAAAAGCUAAGAUCCUUCAUCACACAUGAGCAGUAAGUUCUUCAUUGCCUUAAGAAAAUCGAGCAGGCAGAGUUUUUUGUAAAUGAUGACUGUAUUAGUUCCAACUACAAUUUAAUCUUUACAAUUAAAAGGAUGGAGAACUUUGUUUCUGUUACAAAGUAAGCAGUUUUCUUGAUUGAUUUAAAGAUCAUGAUCUUGUGUAAUCAUCUAUCCUUUUUAAUCUUGGCUGUUCUCACUUGUAGGUUGAAAGCGGCAGGUGAAUGUCAAGCUUUUGGAGACUGCACUCUUAAAUUUUAUAAAAUUAUUAAGUAAAAACGCACACUUUCUGCUCUCCUCUUCCUUCUUGGAGGUGGAAGUUGAGGAGGGUGAGGGAGAGUUAUUUUUUUAAAACUUGAAACUGUUGUCCUUUGUUGCUUCUAAGCUAGUUGUGUGUAUCUUUAUUUUGUGAGUAAAAAUAAAGGUCUGUUUGGAGUUUUAAAAAA